AUGGAAAAUGGUCAAGCCUUGCCACUGCCCAUCCUCUGUCAAAUAUUAGAGCUGCCUCCAGAAGCUGUCAAUUUGGUAGAAACCAUGAAAGACUGCAGCAGUCCAGAUUUUAUCGACAUGGCACAUACAGUUCGAGAGAUUGGGAAAAUGGACAAUGGGGAUGCCGAAUUUGCCAGCUUUUUGAAAUUUAUGGACGCGUUGUCGGAACAAGAAGUGGUCAAAUUAUUGGCUGAAGAACAACAGCAACAGCAAGGUCUACAAUCGCAAGUCCAACAGCAGCAGCAGCCACAGGCACAGCCACAGCCACAGCAAGUCCAACAACAACAACAGCUGCAACAAAAAUCGAAUGACACAACACGUAUAAAUCAACGAGUCCAACAACAGCAACAACAGCAACAACAACUCCAACUCCAACAGCAAGCGGUACAAAAACAACAACAAUUGAAUUUGACAAGUAUAAAUCAACAAAGUUCUUCUUCCAUGACAAUGAACAACAUGAGAAUGAUGACGAUGAUGAACAAUGCUUCUGCGCAGCAGCAACAACAACAACAGCAACAGCAGCAAAACACACAGCAACAGCAACAAGAACAACAAGAACCAUUGAAUGCGACAGGAGACCUCUUCUUCAAUGGUAGAGGGAUCUUCGAUGUUUAG